AUGGCGAAGGCAGACCAGCGUUUCGGCCAGCGGGAUGGCUCCGACCAGAACUUCGACUACAUGUUCAAGCUGCUGAUCAUCGGUAACAGCAGCGUCGGGAAAACGUCCUUCUUGUUCCGCUAUGCCGACGACUCAUUCAGCAACUCCUUCGUCAGCACCGUCGGUAUCGAUUUCAAGGUGAAGACGGUGUAUCGCAACGACAAGAGGAUCAAGCUGCAGAUCUGGGACACAGCAGGACAGGAGCGUUACCGCACCAUCACCACGGCUUACUACCGCGGCGCCAUGGGCUUCAUUCUCAUGUAUGACAUCACCAACGAGGAGUCAUUCAACGCCGUCCAGGACUGGGCCACCCAGAUUAAGACGUACUCGUGGGACAACGCCCAGGUGAUCAUGGUGGGCAACAAGUGUGACAUGGACGAGGAGAGAAUCGUUCCUCUAGAGAAAGGAAAACACCUCGCAGAUCAAUUAGGCUUUGAGUACUACGAGGCCAGCGCAAAGGAGAACAUCAACGUGCGGCAGGUCUUCGAGCGCCUGGUGGACAUCAUCUGCGUGAAGAUGUCGGAGCGGGUGGACGUCGAGGCGCCAGUGGCUCCCGGUACCAAGACCACCAGACUGACCGACAAGCCUCCUCAGCUACCUCAGAAGUGCUGCUGA